AUGUCGCCCGCCGCCACCCUGCUGGUCCUGAGUCUGGCCGCGGCCGCCACCGCGCAGCUGGGCAUCAACAGCCUGGGCGGCUUCCAGUCCGGCCUGGGCGGCAGCGCAUUCGGCUUCGGCGGCUCGAGCCCGUUCCUGCGCGGCGGGGCGUUCGGCGGCUCGCCGUUCUCCGGUGUCGGCGUGUCGCCGUUCUCGGCCGGCCUCGGCAGGUCGGCGUUCGGCGGCGGCUCGCUGCUCGGCGCCGGCGGGUUCCGCGGCUCUCCUCUGGGCGGCGGCCUGUUCAGCCCGCAGCGCAUCGGGUCGCCGUUCGGAGUCGGCGGUUUCAACGGCCUCAACGCCCUCGGUGGCGGCGGCUUCUCCUCCUUCGGCUAG